ACCUAUUGGCCCACCGUGGUCACGCCUCUAUCCGCAGCCGAUCCCCGUCAGGCAUCCUGGGUCCUGUGUCGCUUCCUGGGUUCUGGCGUUAGGACAGACUCGGGACAAGCUGAAAGCAGAAAUUGGCCAGUCUGGUUGGUGAGGGGCGCCGGUUAAGGCGCCGUGGUGGAAGUGUGCGGCAGGGGUCGUCCAGGCGGGCAAGCAUUCAUUCCCGAGGCUCGCAGGCACGAUGAAGGCCCUGAUCUUAGUGGGCGGUUAUGGGACACGGUUGCGGCCGCUGACGCUGAGCAUCCCGAAGCCACUGGUGGACUUUUGCAACAAACCCAUCCUGCUGCACCAAGUGGAGGCGCUUGCCGCGGCAGGCGUGGAUCACGUGAUCCUGGCUGUGAGUUACAUGUCUGAAGUGCUGGAGAAGGAAAUGAAGGCCCAGGAGCAGAGGUUGGGAAUCCGAAUCUCCAUGUCUCACGAAGAGGAACCUUUGGGGACAGCUGGGCCUCUAGCACUAGCCCGCGACCUGCUCACUGAGACUGCAGACCCUUUCUUCGUCCUCAACAGUGAUGUGACCUGUGAUUUCCCCUUCCAAGCCAUGGUGCAGUUCCAUCGGCACCACGGCCAGGAAGGCUCCAUCCUGGUGACCAAGGUGGAGGAGCCUUCGAAGUAUGGUGUGGUGGUAUAUGAGGCAGACACAGGCCGAAUUCACCGGUUUGUGGAGAAGCCACAGGUAUUUGUGUCAAAUAAGAUCAACGCAGGCAUAUACAUCCUGAGCCCUGCAGUGCUGCGGCGCAUCCAGCUGCAGCCUACAUCCAUUGAGAAGGAGAUCUUCCCCGUUAUGGCCAAGGAGGGGCAGCUAUAUGCCACGGAGCUGCAGGGCUUUUGGAUGGAUAUUGGACAGCCCAAGGAUUUCCUCACUGGCAUGUGCCUUUUCCUGCAGUCACUGAGGCAGAAGCAGCCUGAGCGACUAUACUCAGGCCCUGGCAUUGUGGGCAACGUGCUUGUGGACCCAAGUGCCCGUAUUGGCCAGAAUUGCAGCAUUGGCCCCAAUGUGAGCCUAGGUCCUGGUGUGGUGAUAGAGGACGGCGUAUGCAUCCGGCGGUGCACGGUGCUGCGGGAUGCCCACAUCUGCUCCCACUCUUGGCUUGAGUCAUGCAUUGUGGGCUGGCGCUGCUGUGUGGGCCAGUGGGUGCGCAUGGAGAAUGUAACAGUUCUGGGCGAGGACGUCAUUGUUAAUGACGAACUCUACCUCAACGGAGCCACUGUGCUGCCCCACAAGUCAAUUGGUGAAUCAGUGCCAGAGCCUCGCAUCAUCAUGUGAGGGGCCGUUUGGGGCUAGUGAAGCCCUCAUUUCCCCAUCAGCAGGAGGAGCACUGGCCUGACACAUCAGAAGGCCCUGGACUUGGUGCCAUUAUCUGAGGAGGGGUAGACACCUGCCUUCUUGUGUGGACAUACCUGGCAGCAUCCCUGCUGGACACACCCCCAAAAAACCCCAUGUCCUCAAGAAGGGCUGUGGCCAGGGUUGUAUGCAAUAAUAAUUUAAUGCUCACUA